ACUGCUUAGCUGCUUCGUGCGCUGUCCACUUCAGCACCAGGCAGGAGAAAAGUCAGCUCGAGAUUGGGAAUCCAGGACCACGGACAAAUCCUUCAUAAGAGGACGGCACCCCUCAGCGUCACACGUUGUCCGAAAUACAGAAACACUCACCGCUGUCGGCCGUCCAACAAUUCCCUUAUUCAGGAGAGAGGGAUACGAAUAAGAUCGUCGUCACCAUGUACGAUGGGGCGAGGGUGCCUUCCCCCCAGGACAUUGUCAACGGUGUGCUUCCUACGGCCGUGGCCCUGCCAGGUACAGGGGCCGGGGAGGGCGGGUCAGUGUCGGUACCCGCCCCGGAUGUAGGGCCCAAGCCAGAAGAAGAGGAGGAGCCUAGCCCGGAGCCUGUCCUAGUGAAGAAGGCCCACAGGCAGAUCCUAGACCAUGACAGAAAGAGGAGGGUGGAGCUGAAAUGCAUGGAGCUCCAGGAGAUGAUGGAGGAACAAGGGUACUCUGAGGAGGAGAUCAGGCAGAAGGUUGGCACCUUCAGACAGAUGCUGAUGGAGAAAGAAGGAGUGAUCACCAGAGAGGGAGCACACACACGCCCGACGUUCGACAGCUCCUCUCCCUCCCGCAGAGAGAAGAAGAAGAAGAGUGGGAAAAAACACAAGCGAGACAGGUCGACGUCUGGUCAUAGGAGAAAGAGGAGAUACAGAUCGGGUAGCCCAAAGAACAAACAGAAAGACAAGAACAAAACCAGAAAGAGGUCCCCAUUAGAGUCCCCCAGUAGGACGUCUCAGCGUAGAGGCAGCUGCUGUAGCUCCCACAGUGCAUCACUCUCCUCCGCAGGCCACAGCCCCUCCAAGUCCCCUGGCAGGCCCAACUCCAAGCACAAGACAGAAGGACACAAGGCCUGUGGGAGCCCGUCCCCUUGUCCGUCCCCCGGUCCUGACGGUCUCGUCACGUGGCACAACGGGCACCACCACCGUGACCGCGCCUGCAACGGCAAGGCGAGCAGACUCAACCACAGCCACACGGUCGAGGGAGACAAGGAGCAGGAGAAGCUGAGAAUGCUGACUGCUGCUUCUCCGGGAGCCCAGUCGACCGUGAUACUGCCACAACUGAGAGGAGGAGAGAACAAGGCCCACACUGCCCUCUACAGGGCCCCAGGAAGUACUGCUGCCCAGGCUGGAGAGGCCCUACAUGGGGAGGACAGGCAGACGACGGGGCUGGGGUCGUCAGGGAGAUGGGGAGGUCACAGAGGUCACAGAGUCCAGGGGAAGCGCUCCCAUUCGCCGACUCACAGCAGUGACUCUACCCAUUCUCAACAUAACCUGCAUCCUCACAGAGAAAAGAGCUCUCACCAGAAAAAGACUAAAGUAUCCCACUCUUCCAAGCGGCACCACCGUGGGGGUCGCGGACAGACCCAUCACCAGAGGCUCUCUGCAUCUCCAGGGCGGCACCAGCAUGCGUCUGGGUCAGGCACGAAGAAGAGUGAGUCUCGGGGGCGGGGCGGUGUGGGGGUCCGGCAGCGCAGCAGCUCCUGGAGCUCAGGACGGUCCUCAUCCUGCUCUGCCUCCAGAGAGAGAGGCCCCAGCAAGGCCAAGUCCCUCCACGUCCAUGCCAGACAGAACAAUUCCAGUUUUUCCGCUAAGGAGAGAGAUAGUCCUCAUCACUCUGACGCUGACCGUGCUCACCGGCGCUCCAGGAGCUACUCUCCCAUCAGGAAGAGGAGACGAGAUUCUCCCAGCUUCAUGGAGGCUCGCAGGAUCACCAGCGCUCGGAAGCGGCCUAUCCCGUACUACCGCCCCAGUCCUUCCUCCUCCAGUUCCAUGUCAAGCCCCUCCCACUCAGGGAGGAGCCGCAGCCGCUCAAGCAGCCCCAGGAGCCGCAGCCGCUCAAGCAUCCCCAGGAGCCGCAGCCGCUCAAGCAGCCCCAGGAGCCACAGCCGCUCACGCAGCCCCAGGAGCCACAGCAACUACAGCCGCAGCAGCUACGAAAGCCCCGGCUUCUGAUGACAGAGAGAGGGAGAGUGGGGGAGGUGGGGGGUGAUAGAGAGAGAGAGAGAGAGAUAGGGGGAGACAGCAGGAGAGAUUGAGGGAGAGAGAGGGGGAGAGAGAUAAAUCAUGUUAUGCGUCCCUGAUUGGUCCAAACACAGGGUCAGAUCUUCUCUGUUUUUUUUUACCAUCCUCAGUCUCCAUCUCUGUAUACCAGCGUUAACCAGCGUUAACCAGCGUUAACCAGCGUUAACCAGCGUUAACCAGCGUUAACCCGAGCCUGGAUCUGAAAUAUCGAUUUGUCCUCACAUAGGCAAUUAUUUAAAAUAACAUUUUUCAGAUCAUGCUUUUAGAAAAUAAUUGAUAAAGAACAAUUCUGUAAGCACUUUCUCUAUAUCUUUCUGCAUAGCAAAAGUAACCCCCCCCCAAAAACAUAUUCCAGCAAUGGGACACUUCCAUGGAGUUUGUCGAAGAAGAGAUACAAGUGGAAAAGAAAAGAAAAUCAAACAGCACUGGGCAAUUCUUCCUCCAAUGUCAUUACAUCAUUUCCCCAAAGACACUUAUGCUCUAUUUUAAGAACCAGAGAGAUCAACAGAUGCGAUAAAGAACAAAAGAAAAGAUGGCUGACGAUUUAGCAUGCAGAAGGGUACUGAUACAGCAGGAUGUAUAGAUGAUUCUAAACUGUAAGUUCUGGCUUGUAAACUAUGCACUGUAUAUUCUAUGUGAUUUUGUUUGAAGAGGCUUGUUAUUUGAUGGUGACUUCGCAUGAUGAUGCAUUAGAAAGGAGGAAGGCUGCGGCUUGUCCCAGAGAGCCCUGCUGCCUGCCAUUACAGUACUACAGGUCCCAGGGUGCACCUGUCCCUGCCCCUAUCACUACAGUACUACAGGUCCCAGGGUGCAACUGUCCCUGCCCCUAUCACUACAGUACUACAGGUCCCAGGGUGCAUCUGUCCCUGCCCCUAUCACUACAGUACUACAGGUCCCAGGGUGCAUCUGUCCCUGCCCCUAUCACUACAGUACUACAGGUCCCAGGGUGCACCUGUCCCUGCCACUAUCACUACAGUACUACAGGUCCCAGGGUGCAUCUGUCCCUGCCCCCUAUUCUGACUUGGGGCACGUUCAGAUAGAAGUAUGCUAUGUAGAACAAACAUGGAUCUCUGAGAUGUAGAAUGAGUAAUCAUGUCGGCUCUAUUUGUGGUAUUUCUAUCUGAAACGAUCGAGGACAUUUUGGUACCGAACAUGGCCCUGACAUUCCUGACCUGUAAUCACACACAGAGGUAAAAAAAAAAAGGGACAAAUGUUUGAUUAUUAUGUACUUUUUCUCUCUUCCCUAUUCCACUAUUUAUUAUGUUCAGACCUCUUGCCCAAUGACCAGUGACGUGAAGUCGCUCUGUAAAGAUGCUCCUUCUAAAGAUAUCUUCUGCAAAAGCAACCAUGCAAUCAUGUCGGGGGGUGGGUCUGUCUUUUAUCCACAGCUAUUUAUUCAGUUAUUUAUUCCAAUUAUUUAACUAUUUCUUAUGUUAUUUAUUUGUUAAUUUAUUUGAUUAUUUAUUUGUUUUGUCUCAUCGAAUGUUUUUAAAACAAUUUGAAGAAGCGUGUUGUUGAGAUCUUAAUAUUUAAUGGGAGAUUGCUGCAUAUGUACACAUCCUCAUCUAUCAAUAUACAGAACGGCAAUUGAUGUUUUAACCCAAAUCCCUUUUUAUUGGUCAUGAAGCUUCUGCUUCCUUUAAGAAGUGAGUGAGUGAGCUGGAGAUAGCUUGUUUCUAUGGGGGCCGGGUUCCCAAUCCCUUACCUGAUGCCAUGUAUAAUGCUCUUACACAGGGUUACUUAGAGGGGCUGUUACCUGUCUGUCUGUCUGUCUCCUGGUGCAGGGGAUGUCUAUUUACAGUCUUAGAGAGACUGUUACCUGUCUGUCUGUCUGUCUGUCUCCUGGUGCAGGAGAUGUCUAUUUACAGUCUUAGAGGGGCUGUUAGCUGUCUGUCUGUCUGUCUGUCUCCUGGUGCAGGGGAUGCCUAUUUACAGUCUUAGAGGGGCUGUUACUCUGCAGGGCUCCAAAGCUCCACUUCUACCAACUCCUACUGUCGAAAUCAUAAACCAGUCCUGGAUUGGCUCUCUGCAGACAAAGGUGUGUUGAUUGGGCUAGUUUGUUGUCGGUGUUACCAAUCACAUUGCCCCUGCUGUAAAAGACUGAUCUAUGCCCUACACCCUGCUUUUAACCAGAGGUGUCCUGGGAACUGGCUCUGACCUGACAUGAGGUCAAAGACAGAGGGUACAAGCCAGUGGUCAACUAAACUAUGUAUGCGGCGAAUGCCCCUGCUAGCAAAACGCUUGCACCCAGACACAGGUAGUCCCACUAGAUGCCCAUCAUGUUCCCUGUCUCUGUUUACUACUCUGUGCUGAUUGGUCCCCAGCUAGCACAAAACGUUCUGAAAACCAUAUGUUUCUUAGAGCUUGGUUAGAGCGUGAACGUCCUAUGUUUAUUUGGCAUACAACCGUCCCAUAACAUUUACUACAGUUUUAUAACGUUCUUCUGUGGGAUUUUCAGUACUUCAGCAAAAAUGUUUUCUACAGGUUUCCUCAUGGUUCUAUUUAAAGUCAUGUUCUCAGAACAUUAAGAAAAAGUUCCAUAAAAAAAACCCACCAGAAAACAUCAGUAACGUUCAAAGAACGUUGUAAGAAUGUUAUUUAAAAACAUAUACAUUCCGUUCUCAGCAUCAACAAAACUCUCUAGCUUGUUAAAUUGUUUUUAGAAGUGUUGGCCGCGCCCACUAAUCGGCCACACCUGAUCUUAAUGAGUGGUUGUUUCCUUUGAACUAGGGUCUGUUUGUAUAGACAAAUGAACAUGGCACGCUAGCUCCAUCCUAGUGGAGCAGUGGACUAAUUCCAUGGAUAGAGAACAGAAGAUCGUAGGUUUGAAUCUCACUGACGCCGUGCCACAAUAAAAAAGGAAUGUGUUUGCAUGAUUAAUGCCUAGAAAAUAAAUGUCCAUGUGUCCUAUCUGUGCUGAGAGUUCAUAACAGUUAACCCAAACUAAAAUAGCAGUGUUAUUAAAAGUCUUAUUGAAACAUGUUCUCAGAGUGUUAUUUAAUUACCUUAAAUUUCAAUUACCUAGAAUUUCCGUUCUCAGAAUGUUAAUAAAAAAAACUCCCAAGGUUGGUUUUCAGGGGAACCCUGCAACCUAAAUAUUAACGUGCCCAGAACAGGCAAAGUUUUCGCUUCCAUUCUCAGAAAUUAAUACAAACGUUUUUUGUUUUAAUCGUCAGGAAUCUUAUGGCUUCGUUCCCAGAACGAAGCCAUAAAACGUACGUUCCCACAGCUUCCAAGGAACCAAAUGUGCUAGCUGGGACAGCUGCUGGUGAUGACGCAACCAGAGCCCCUGUCUUCCUUCCCAUUCGUCAAGCCUCCUGUCACUCAUGCGGUGUUACUUUCAUAAUGUAAACAUGUUUUGUUAUUAAGAGUACAAUGCUAAACCUUUUGGAUUGCAUAAAAGUCACUUAGUUGUAGUUUACCAGUUAUUAUAUACAGGACAAUAAAUAUAAACCAAUGGAAAAUGA